AUGUUGGGAGCCAGACAAAUGCCUGAUCGCAAAGAACUUCGCGAUUACAACUACGCUGUCGCCGGCCAGAUUUUUGCCCUCCCUGAAUUGUGCUCCGUCGUUCUUGGCAUAUCUGCGUCACCAUGCCUCCCCCGCGCUCUAUACAAGGCUAACCUCGUUGACUUCAGUGCCGGCACGCUCUGUACCCCUGAUGGCGAGCUGUUUAUCAAGCCUUGCACCCAAUCCGAAAUCGAUUUCUAUCAGUCUGCCAACCGAAGACAUCCCGAUUUCGCUGAGCUCAUGCCCUUGUUCAUGGGCUCGCUCAUGCUUACCGACCCCACUGACACAAUAAUCGACGAAGCCGUUGCGGGAGUCAUCUCACAUGCUGGAGAUCUCAAGGGGUCAAAAGAAGAACUUGUUGCCUCAGUUACUGAACAGGUCGCCGCAGCCACAGGCGUACAAAAGAAGGAGGGCAGUGCUUGGGUCCCCGCAAAGGACAACAAGAUCAAGACGGAUAAGGCUGUCGUGCUAGACAACGCUACCUACGGCUUCAAGAGCCCUAAUAUUCUCGAUGUCAAACUGGGCGUCAGAUUGUGGGCCGACGAUGCGCCUCAACAAAAAAAGCAACGCUUCGACAAGAUUUCGGCUGAGACGACACAUGGCAGCUUAGGAUUCCGGAUAGCGGGUAUGCGGGUCUACCGCGGGUCCGAGGAUGCUUCAGAAUUGGAUGAAGCGGACUACAAGAUCUACGACAAGGACUAUGGCCGAACAGCAGUUACACAGGAGAAUGUUGUUGACGAGUUUCGAAAGUUCGUCUUCAACAAGAGCGCCGGUAUUGACGAGGACCUCGGCAAGGCCGUUUGUGCAGCAUUUGUCCAGGAUCUACAAAGGGUUGAAGAGGUGCUUACCCGACAUGAGAGUCGGAUGUACUCUUCCUCGUUGCUCUUCACCUUUGAGGGCGACGGCCAAGCUCUUCGAAGCGCUAUCGAAGAGAACAACGCACUGGUCGAUGCAGAGGCGGGUAUUGGCCAAGCAGCUCGAACCACCAAGAGGGUUGAUAGCGGCAUCGCUCUGGACGACGAAGACGAGCUAGACGAAGAUUCCGAUCUUGAGGCAACAUUGCCCCAGAUCUACUCCCUCAAGCUCAUUGAUUUUGCCCAUGCGGAAUGGACACCUGGCCAAGGCCCUGACGAGAACACCCUCACAGGUGUGCGGAGCCUACUGCGCAUCUUCCAAGAGAUGAUGUAA